UUUUACGAUUUAUCCAGUAAAAGCAUGCUAUUUCAGUGAGACAGACGCAUGCUUUUGUCGUGAUAUUUCUGUUAUUUUGAAAGUGGUGUCUUAUCAAGUGUUAUGUAUAUAGGCGGUAUAAUGAGAUGGUCUGAAGAGGAAACUAUAAAGUUGAUACAAUUGUAUAGAUCUUUCCAGUACCUUUGGGAUAAAAAUGCGGAGUUAUACAAAAAUGGCGUCAUGAGAAAAAGAGCGUAUGAUGCUAUCGUGCAGCAAAUGAGCAUACCAAGAUUGACGGCGCGGGAUGUACGAUGUAAAAUCAAGAAUUUACGAUCGUCAUAUUAUCAUGAACUACGUAAAAUGGAGAAAGCGGGCUCAGAAAAGGUAGUAGGACGACAAUGGUUCAAUGCUUUUAAGCCCGUUAUGGGCGGCAGUGGCGGCGGCGUCAGUACCUCUUCGCGAAAGAGUAGUGUCACAGAAAGUGAAUCCAGCCAGGACGAACAGGACGAAUCCUGUUUCAUCGAGGAAGAAUCACCGAACAUGGAUGCCUACGUUGUGACAAUAAAACAAGAAUAUUUAGACGAAAUGCAAAAUCACGACGAGAAAGACAUAGCACCUGUUGACGAUUACCUAGAAGUGGCUCCAAAGAGGAUAAGAAUGGUCGAGUCGCCGCCAGAAAAAACUCACGCACCAGCUUUCGAAAAUCCUACGCCAAAACAAGUUACAAAAUCAAAGGCACAAGGUGCAAAAUUGGAUGAAUUCCAAAUGUUCUCUAAUAAUAUAGCUGCUCAAUUGAGGAGGUUACCUCUUGAUAGAGCAUUAAUAUUACAAGUAGAAGUGCAAUCUUUAAUAGCCAAAGAACGCAUUAGAAUAUUCAAACGACAAAGUGGCGAUAAUAAAGAGGAAGAUUCGUCGUGAAUUGUUUUUAAUUUUAAUAUAAUUAUUUAAUUUUGAUUGUAAGACUUCGAUUGUAAUACGUUUAUACAGAAUACGCUUAUUAAAAUUGUAAAACCCUUUUAUUGUU